GACAGGCACAGAGAGAGAGACAGAGACAGGCACAGAGAGAGAGAGAUAGAGACAGGCACAGAGAGAGAGACAGAGACAGGCACAGAGAGAGAGAGAUAGAGACAGGCACAGAGAGAGAGAGAGAGAUAGAGACAGGCACAGAGAGAGAGACAGAGACAGAGACAGGCACAGAGAGAGAGAGAGACAGAGACAGGCACAGAGAGGGAGAGAGACAGAGAUAGGCACAGAGAGACAGAGAUAGGCGCAGAGAGAGACAUAGAGAGAGAUAGGCACAGAGAGACGGAGGAGGGGGGUGCGGUCCACAACCUCCCGGAAGCGCUGUGCAGCAUGGAGCUGGAAAACAUUGUUGCCAACACCGUGUUGCUGAAGGCGAGAGAAGGGGGCUCCGGCAAGCGCAAAGGAAGGAGCAAGAGGUGGAAGGACAUCUUACGCUUCCCCCACAUCAGUCAGUGUGAAGAGCUGCGGAGGACAUUGGAACGGGAUUACUCCAGCCUGUGUGACAAACAGCCCAUCGGCCGGGAGCUCUUCUUCCAGUUCUGCCGCACACUCCCCCGGCUAAGGCACUGCAUCGGGUUCCUCAACUGCAUGGCAGAGUAUGAGCUGGCUCCCAAUGAGAAGAGGAAGGAGAUGGCAGAAGAGGUCGUCCACAGGUUUCUAACUGAGGGGUCGGCAGAGUAUGUGCCAGGAAUUACAGAGCGCCAUGCCCAACAGUGCCUGGAGAGCUUGGGAGGAAGGCUCGGCAAAGAUCUCUUCGCUGAAUGUUUGAGGGCCUUGCACCACUUCCUCAGUGGGUCCCCGUUCUCUGAAUAUCAGGAGAGUAUGUAUUUUGAUCGCUUCCUGCAGUGGAAAUGCUUGGAAAGGCGGGCCGUGACUCGGGACACCUUCCGGCAGUACAGGGUGCUGGGGAAAGGAGGCUUUGGUGAGGUCUGUGCCUGCCAAGUGCGAGCAACCGGGAAGAUGUACGCCUGUAAGCAGCUGGAGAAAAAGAGAAUUAAGAAGCGGAAAGGUGAGAGCAUGGCAUUGAACGAGAAGCAAAUUCUGGAGAAAGUGAACAGCAGAUUUGUGGUCAGCCUGGCCUACACCUUUGAGACGAAGCAGACUCUGUGCCUUGUGUUGACCAUGAUGAGCGGAGGCGAUCUGCGGUUCCACAUUUACAAGAUGGGUAGCCCAGGCUUUGAGAAGGGCCGAGUGGCCUUUUACGCCGCUGAGAUCUGUUGUGGCCUCCAGCACCUUCACCGCGAAGGGAUAGUCUACCGGGACCUGAAACCAGAGAACGUCCUCCUUGAUGAUGAUGGGCACGUUCGGUUAUCAGAUUUGGGACUGGCAGUGAUGAUCCCGGAGGGGGAGACAGCCAGUGGCCGGGUGGGGACAGUCGGAUACAUGGCUCCUGAGGUGAUUAGCGACAAGGAAUACACAUUGAGCCCUGACUGGUGGGGCCUAGGCUGCCUCAUUUACGAGAUGACGGCUGGGCAGUCACCCUUCCGAGCUCGGAAGGAGAGAGCGAAGCAGGAAGAGGUGGAGAUGAGGGUGCGGGAGCAGGCGGAGGAGUACGGUGACAAAUUCGCAGAGGACACCAAAGACAUCUGCCAGCUACUGCUUGCCAAAGAUCCCAAACAGCGACUCGGUUGCGGAGCAGCAGGAGCCAACGAAGUGAGGGAACAUCCAUUCUUCCGAUCCAUCAACUUCCACCAGCUCGAGGCUGGCAUGCUGGUGCCCCCCUUUGUACCCGACCCUCAAGCUGUCUAUUGCAAGGAUGUGCUGGACAUUGAACAGUUCUCCACCGUGAAAGGGGUUACCCUGGACCAAACGGACAAUGACUUCUACAGCAGGUUUGCCACCGGCAGCGUCCCCAUCCCCUGGCAAAACGAGAUGAUCGAGACCGAGUGCUUCAAGGAGUUGAAUGUCUUCGGACCACACGGGAUCCGGUCUCCGGAUCUGGACUGGAAUCAGUUUCCGGAACCUCCCAAGAGGAGCCUGCUCGACCGAAUUUUCCGACGCCGCCCCCAGGAUCACGCCAUCAGCACGGGCCGAACAGCCAACGCCAGCUCUGACAAUAGCAUGGCCCACGAGCUUCAGACAACCAAUAUCGCUUGAAUGGAGUCUCUGGGAAAUGGCACUGCACUGAUGGCAGAUACUGGUGGGCACUGAUGGUGGGCAUUGCCAAAUGUUGGUGGCAGACAUUGGCCAACAGCAAUUAUGGCCAACUUGGGCUGACUUUGAUGGACCUGACGAUCAACAUUGACGCCUUCCUCUCGGUUUUCUGGUUGGGCUAACAAGAAUGGCUCUGU